AUGGAUCCACGAGUCAUGGUCACUGGUCAGAGGACUUCUAUGGCACCAGCACCCAAGGCAGUCUCCAUCGCUGUCCUCCAAGACAACGUGCAACGUCUCAGCGAAGCGUUGGAGGAUAUGAAAAUCGAUAACGACAAGAAAUUCAAACGAUUGGAGAGGAAGAUCGUGGAGCAGAAGAAGGAUCAAAAGAUUCUGGAGCUUAAGGAGAAGCUAAGUGAGGCCCAAAGGAAAUAUGAAGCUCUACAAGAAAGUCAUCGAGAACACCAAAAGGUCGUGCGAAAAAAUGCGGCAAAUAUCCGGAAGAUCAUUAAUGAGAAGGAAGAAAAAGCGAAGAAAGUUGUGAAAAAGGGGGAGGAGCUUAAGAAGCAGGUGGAGGAGUUGAAAGCCAGCUUGGCUAAAAGUGAAGCCACUAUUUCUGAAAAACAGAAUCUUAUCGAGGAGCAGAAGAAGGAGAUCAAGGAGCUCGGCAACAACUACCGAGGGCUCAGUGAGUUCCACUCAAUGAUGAGAAAUGAGAUCGAGUAUGACGACUGUGCGAUGAAGAUGAUGAAGGAUGAGAAUAAGAAAUUGCUGAAGGAGAGUCAGGAGUUGAAGGAAAAGUUUCUGAAGAAAGAACGAGAGGUCCGUCAGAUGAAGAAGGAGAUGAAGGAGAUCCGGAAGAUUGCGAUGGAGAGGGAUGAGCAGAUUUCGCAGGAGUUGGAGGAGACUAGAGAGGAGGUGAAGAUUCGGAAGGAGAAGGAUGAGAAGGCUAUGAAGAAGAUGGAGGAGGAGCUGGAAUUGGAUUAA